AUGUUGGACGAAGAAAAACGUCAAUUUUCCGAUGAGAAGGAAACCAAAUCCACAAGCGACGCUGCCGGCAAUAAUCCCAUAGUAAUAUCUGAUGAAGAGAAGAGGCUCGUGCGCAAGCUUGACCGUAGGAUUCUGCCAAUAACAUGCCUGCUUUAUCUCUUUGCUUAUCUUGAUCGCACGAAUCUUGGAAAUGCACGCCUUCAAGGACUUACAGAAGAGAACCUUGGUGGCGACCCUACUGGUACAUUGUACGAUUGGGUAAACUCGGCAUUUUUCUUUUCGUACAUUAUCUUCCAAGUGCCUGCAACGAUAACCUCAAAGUUGUUUCCACCAUCCUAUUGGAUAGCGGGUGCGGCCGUUGGGUGGGGUAUAUGUUCCACGUUAAUGGCAACAACAUUCAAUUUUGGAAGUCUCAUGGCCGCCCGCGUUGCGCUUGGCAUAUUUGAAGCUGGUUUUGGCCCUGCAAUUCCACUUUAUUUUUCGUUCUUCUACACUCGCACCGAAAUGGGCUUGCGCAUGGCAUAUUGGUUUGGUUUUGCGGCGGUCGCGGGUGCGUUCGGUGGGCUCAUCGCGUUCGGUGGAAUUCCGGCACUUCUUCUCGGUGUUCUGACUUUCUUCGCGCUCCCUGACCGACCGGAGAGCACGAGAUACUUGAAUGCGAGAGAAAAAGAACUUGUAAUGGAACGCAUGAACAGGGGCACAAGCGCGGAUAUUGGCGCUGUGGUCAACAAAGAACACAUCAUUAUAGCUCUCCUAGAUUGGCGUAUAUACACCGGCGGAAUGAUUUACUUUGGUGUGAAUUGCGCUCUGGCGAGCAUUUCGGCAUUUUUGCCAACGAUUAUUGAGACUUUCGGGUACACCAAUGCGCUCGCUCAGUUACUCACAGUACCACCAUAUGCAGUGGCUGCCAUUGUCCUCUGUAUGACGUCCUACACAUCUGAUCGCAUCCAGAACCGUGGCUUGGCGGUUGCAGGUGCAUGCACUGUCGGUGCUAUUGGCUACCUUCUUUUACUUACAGUCCCCAACAAUGUUCACGUACGAUACUUUGCCGUGUUCUGCAUCACGAGCGGGACAUACACUGCCAUUGGCUUAAUCAUCGCAUGGUUUGCACACAAUCUCGGCUCUGAGACCAAGAAAGCGACGGGCAUCCCGAUGUUCAUGGCAAUUGGGCAAUGCGGGAGUAUCCUCGGCUCGCAUAUAUACCCUUCGACGGACGGUCCGAGGUACAUCUCCGGCUUCGCUAUAUCAUGCGGCCUCGAGGCGUUUGCCACUGUUUGCGCGUUAGUGCUGUGGGUGUCGUACAAAUACGAUAACGCGAAACGCGAUCGUGAGUAUGGGCGUCCGGACCCAGGUGCUAAUGUGGAUACGAGCGAAUUGGCGGAUAAGGCGCCUAUGUUCAGGUACAUAGCUUAGUGAGGAGGGAAUGUACAAAUUUGCAAAAGAUUGGAACAAUUGCAAAUAAGUAUCUAUACAACAUACUAGUCACAUCUUCCCUAUGACAACACAGUUGAAUCAUGUACCUGGACAACAAUUGUAAUCAUGCUGCGGAUAAGUCACCAUUUGAUCAAAGAAUUAGAUAUGACAGUGGAGGUGGUCUUGCGUAGCGAAGAAUGACUUUGGCAUUCUUAUGGCCAUCUGGUUCUGUAAAUGCACAUAGAAUUAAGAGGGCGGAAGUGCUUACGCACGUAGUAUAGCUUCACUGAUAGGAACUGCACAGUUCCGAGUCGAUAG